GAGAAACUAAAAGAGGAGAAGAGCCUCCAGCUUUUCCUUUCUUUUACACGGCUGAAACUGUUAGCAAAGCCUUCAAACACCAGACAUGGCUUCCUCAAAAAGUUUAAAAGAGAAUUUUCUUUGUUCUAUCUGUCUGCAUGUGUUCACAAAACCUGUGGCAAUUUCCUGUGGGCACAGCUUCUGUUUUGAAUGUAUCAAUAACUUCUGGGACACUAGAGAUCGAUACUUAUGUCCACUGUGUAAAGAGGAGUUUCACAGCAGACCACUGCUUCGGGUUAACAUUGUUAUUGCUGACAUGGCUGCAAAACUCCAAAAAGCAGUUGAGGAAAAAUCUUCUGGUACCUCUGAACAAGCAGCACAUGGAAAUGUGUUGUGUACUAUGUGUACGGCACCAAAGCUCACAGCACUGAAGUCCUGCUUAGUGUGUUUCAUGUCUUUCUGUGAAACACAUCUGGAGCCUCACCAGAAAAUUUCAGCCUUGAAGAAGCACAGGCUGAUCAACCCAGUUGAAAACCUGGAGAGCAGGAUAUGCAAGACCCAUGACGAGCCUCUGGAGCUGUUUUGCAGGGUGGAGCAAAUGUUUGUAUGUGAGUCCUGUAAAAGCAAUGACCAUAAAACUCAUAAGAUAGUGCCUCUAGAGGAGGAGGCUCAAAUGAGAAAAACCCUGCUGGGAAUAGAAAAGAAGCACACAGAUCAGAUGAUCCAGGAACGUCAGCAGAAAAUUCAAGAGAUUCAAAACUCGGUGCAGGCUAGCAGAAAUAAUGCAGCGAAGGCACUGUCAUGCAGCAUGCAUAUGAUGACUGCUGUGGUGGACUACAUUAAGAGGAGUCGAGCUGAGCUGACUGAGGUAACUGAGACGAGGCAGAAAAGAAUGGAAACACAAGCGGAAGGAUUCAUUAAAGGACUGGAGGAAGAAAUUUCACAAAUAACGAGGAAAAACGUGCAGCUUAAUCAGGUCUCACUUGCCAGUGACCCCUUCGUAUUCCUUGAGAAUAUCCUUUCUCUUACCAUCACGCCUCCCCAGGUUAAAGACUGGUCUGAUGUCACUCUUAACAGUGACCAGUUUACAGUGCAGGGAGUCCUGACCGAGCUGGAGACAACAGUCAUGAGAGAAAUAAGUAUGCUGUGUGAUCCCGACUUCAAAGAAAAGCAGCGGCAUGCAGUAGAUGUCACUCUGGAUCCUGACACAGCAAACCCCUAUCUCACUGUUUCUGCGGAUGGGAAACAAGUCACACACGGAGACAGAAAGAGGAAUCUCCCUAACAAACCAGAGAGGUUUGAUCAUGUCCACAAUGUCUUGGCAAAGGAGGGUUUCUCCUCUGGAAAAUUUUACUUUGAGGUCCAGGUGAAAGACAAAACACAGUGGUGCUUAGGAGUUGCAAACCAGUCCAUCAACAGAAAGGGGGAUAUACGACUUAGUCCCAAGUAUGGCUACUGGACAAUUUGGCUGAAGAAGGAACAUGACUUCAUAGCCAAUGCAGACCCUGCAAUUAACCUCCAAGUCAUGGAGAUGCUUCAAAAGGUUGGAGUGUUUGUCGAUUACGAGAAGGGUCAGGUUUCCUUCUAUGAUGUGGAUGCCAGGGCUAACAUCUUCUCUUUCACCGGAUGCAACUUCACCGAGCCACUCCUUCCGUUCUUCAACCCCUGUGCUAAUGACGGUGGCAAAAAUUCAGCCCCCUUGAUCAUUACUCCUGUCGAAUACAAAAGCUAAGUUUUUUAUUUUGUUUUCUGGGUUUCUGACAGAAAAAGAGACAGGGACAAAGAUCACACCAGCAGAAUGUUGAAAUGUUUUUAUCUGUGAAACUCCAGUGUGUCAUCCUGGUUGUUCCAUCCAUCAGUGUCAGUAAUGUGUGACACUGUGUGUCACCUGUCACACAGACAGCUGCAGAUCUCCAACAGAGUCCCCAUGCAGCCAUUAGGACAUUCCCUACACACACACACACUUCUGAGAGACACUGAUGUAGUGGUACAUCUCCAUGGGUUACAAAAAGAAGUCUUUGUGAACUGGCCAUUAAUUUUGGUAUUUUAAAGCUGCUCUUGCCUGCCACCAUGGUCAUACAAAUACACGAGUAAGUACUACUUGACUGUAGGUCAAAGUACUGUUUGAUCUACAGUCAAACAGUACUUUGACAUAUAAAUAUAUUGGGGCAUUGAUUUGUGCUGCUUGGUGUGCCACAUAUCAGCUGUUCAACUGUUCACUAAUGACAUGAUGGAUGGGCUUUAAGGACUCUUACUAUUCGGUUCUUAAUAUGGCUCUGGAUAGGAAUUAUUUUCUCCAUGAAUUCAUUUGUUGUUCAGUUAAAAGGGUAGUUAUUAAACUGAUCAAUCACAAUACUAGAGUCUGACUGGCACACAGUGUACCUUUAAUUAAAAUUAGCCAAACCUGCAAGGUGCAGGCUUUCUAAAUCCAAAUGCUGUAAAUCUGUCUGAUUAGGAGACACUUGAGUAACCUCUCAUUGAGCAGAGCCAAUUAAAGCCUGUUUGUUCAUUUUUUGUUGAGUAUCUUUAGUUGUGUAUCUUUAUUGUUAUGAUGCAAGUCUCCUGAAAGUGUGUCUCUUAAAUGAAUCUCAUCUGGACAUCAAGUAGCUGAAGAGGUUUAGGAGACAGGAAUACUAAAGCCGGUCAGAUUGGUUUUUGGCCACCUGGAUUUUGAAUCAUUAAAAUGUCGGAGACAUUGGGCACGAAAAUAACUGUUAAUAGAAAACUUUGUACUGAGUCUUGAUUAACAAUUUUAUGAUAUUUUAUCUUGAUACUCACACAUUUUUGACAAGGUCAAGACAGCCUUGUAAUCUUUUAAUUAAAGUUGGCACAGAAAAAACAAGGUGUAAAAUAAUAUCUGUGAUACAUCCUAAGCAUUUGAUAUAAAAGUGCUGGUGGAUUCAUUUUAGUGCCAAAACAGUAAGUAAAAUGUUUAAGUUGGUGAUCAACAGAAAUACUAACAAAUAAUUAACCAUUUAAGCAAUUUAUAAAAAGAAAAUGAUAAUAUCUGUGGGUUUCAAAUUGUGAUAGACAUUUUCUCUUCUUUCUGACAUUUGAUAGCUCUUUUAAAUGAUUCAUUAUAAAAAAUAUUUACUAUUCAAAAAAUUAUCUGAUGCUGUGUUGGACUGGAUACUGUGGAUACUGGGAACUGUUGGAUACUGUUGAUACUUUUGUGUGUUGAAUUCAGUGAAAAAAAAAAAGAAUAAAGGUGAUUCAGGGA